ACACAAAGGCUUUCCUCAGUCACUGUCAGGCUUUGUUGUUCAAUGUUUUUGCAGGGGAAGGGAUAAUCUCAGCCAUUCAAUUACCCGCAUCUCGAGGUUUCCUGGUCUUUCGGUUGAUUUUCUUUAAUUCUUCUAAAUUGGCCACUGCUUUGUUUCUUCUUUUAGCUUUUUCUACCAGAAAUCGCUUGUUUUUCAACGCACUAGCGUGUAGGAAUUCUAAGAAUGAAGAUUUUUCGAGCCCUCUUAUUUUGUGUUGACAAUCUUGGCAAUGGAAGUUGCAAAGCUAAAGAUGGUUCUGUUGCUGUUCGCCUUCAUCUGGCUGGUUUCUGCUUCAGACAGUCAUUUGUCUCCGAAAGGAGUAAACUAUGAAGUGGCGGCUUUGAUGUCAAUGAAGAGUAGGAUAAGGGACGAACGGAGAGUGAUGGAAGGAUGGGACAUAAAUUCGGUUGAUCCAUGCACCUGGUUUAUGGUUGCUUGCUCUACCGAGGGCUUCGUGGUUUCUCUUGAGAUGCCAAAUAUGGGCUUAUCUGGAACGCUUUCCCCUAGCAUUGGUAACCUGAGUCACCUUCGGACAAUGUUGUUGCAAAAUAAUGAGUUAACUGGUCCAAUCCCAGAUGACAUAGGAGGACUUACAGAGCUUCAGACUCUUGACCUUUCCCACAACCAGAUUGUCGGAGGCAUUCCGAGUUCUUUGGGGUUUCUUACUCAUUUGAAUUACUUGAAGCUUAGUGGUAACAAGUUAAGUGGACCAAUUCCGGAAUCUGUUGCCAAUAUCUCAGGUCUUACCUUUUUGGAUUUAUCAAAUAAUAAUCUCAGUGGCCCAACUCCGAGAAUACUUUCCAAAGAGUACAGUGUUGCAGGGAAUAGAUUCCUUUGUGCAUCUUCAGAAUCUAAAGUGUGUGGAGGAGUAUCAAAACCAGUUAAUGAAACUGGUUCGCCUCAGAAAGAUAAUAGCCAUCAUCACUUGGCUCUUUCCAUAGCUCUAUUUGUCAGUUUCACGCUUGUGGUUUCUGUUGUGUUACUUGUUGGCUGGGUGCAUUGUUAUAGAUCUCAUCUUGUCUUCAAAUCCAACGCAGUGCAGCAAGAUUAUGAAUUUGAUAUAGGCCAUCUGAAAAGGUUUGCAUUCCGUGAAUUACAAAAGGCAACAUGUAAUUUUAGUCCCCAAAAUAUCGUGGGACAGGGUGGUUUUGGUGUAGUUUAUAAAGGGUAUCUUCCAAAUGGGACAUAUGUUGCGGUGAAGAGACUGAAAGAUCCAAAUUAUACUGGAGAAGUGCAGUUUCAAACUGAAGUUGAAAUGAUUGGCUUAGCAGUGCACCGCAACCUCUUGCGUUUGUAUGGCUUUUGUAUGACGCCACAUGAAAGGCUGCUUGUUUAUCCAUAUAUGCCAAAUGGGAGUGUCGCUGACCGCCUCAGAGAUGCAGGCCAAGAGAAACCAUCGUUGAAUUGGAACAGAAGACUGCGUAUUGCCCUUGGUGCAGCACGUGGACUAGUAUACUUGCACGAGCAGUGUAACCCAAAAAUUAUUCACCGGGAUGUAAAAGCUGCAAAUAUUCUUCUAGAUGAAAGCUUUGAAGCCGUGGUUGGGGAUUUUGGUCUGGCAAAGAUGUUGGAUAGAAGGGACUCACAUGUUACUACAGCAGUUAGGGGCACAGUGGGGCAUAUCGCCCCCGAAUACCUUUCAACUGGACAAUCUUCAGAAAAGAGUGAUGUUUUUGGGUUUGGCAUAUUGGUUCUUGAACUCUUAACAGGGCCAAAAGCAGUAGAUGCUGGCAAUGCUCAGGUGGUUCGAAAGGGAACGAUUCUCGAAUGGGUUAGAACGUUACAUGAGGAGAAGAGGCUAGAUGAGAUGGUGGACAGGGAUCUAAGAGGGUGUUUUGAUGCAGUGGAGCUGGACAAAGCUGUAGAAUUGGCUCUGCAGUGUACUCAGUCGCAUCCACAACUCAGACCAAAGAUGUCCGAGAUUCUUAAGGUUUUAGAAGGUCUUGUUGGAGAGUUGAGCCAAAUCGAGGAAUCACCAGGCGGAGCAGCAAGUCUUUAUGAGGACAGAGCUCAUAGUUUCUCCCGGAAUUACAGUGAUAUUCAUGAAGAGUCUUCAUUCGUUGUGGAAGCCAUGGAGCUGUCGGGACCUCGAUGACAGCAGCAAAGAGUUUAGGAAACCAUUUAGUAACAUAACAGCAAAUCAGUUUUGCAUCUCAAAGAGAUGGAAAAGUAUUUACCUCUUCUGUAACCUGUUCCACAAAACCAGAAGGCUAACCAUGAAAUUCUGGCUUGUAAUUUAUGUUUGUUUUGUUGGACUAGUGCGAAAGAACAUUCUAUUUUGUUUUA